GGUCACUGAACUCAUCAGUUUCUGUCUGUAAGAGGGACUGGGAAGAGAAGAGAACAAGUAUAAGUAGACCUCCUCCUGCCUCCUGUUAGGCCUUGGUUUGGGCUUUCAUUUUCCUUCUCUUCCAUUUUCCCCCAAAGGAAAGGAAACUCUACGCUCUACACUGCACCUAUUAGGAGUUGAACUCUAACUAACCCCAAACCAAAUAGAAAAAUGUUGUCCAUUCGAUCCCCUGCGGCUCAGCUGCUGCUCAGAAGUUGUAGUUUCUACUCUACCACUGCAUCGGCUGCAGCUGUGGAAGCUGAGAGAACUAUCCGAGAAGGCCCUAGAAACGACUGGACACGCCAGCAGAUCAAGUCCAUCUACGAUUCUCCUGUUCUUGAUCUCCUUUUCCACGGAGCUCAAGUUCACAGAUAUGCUCAUAACUUUCGAGAGGUGCAGCAGUGUACCCUCCUCUCAAUCAAGACUGGUGGAUGCAGUGAGGAUUGUUCAUACUGUCCUCAGUCCUCAAGGUAUCAUACAGGGCUAAAGGCCCAAAAGCUUAUGACUAAGGAAGCUGUAAUGCAGGCAGCUAAACAGGCAAAAGAGGCUGGUAGUACACGCUUUUGCAUGGGUGCUGCAUGGAGAGACACUGUAGGAAGGAAAACUAACUUCAACCAAAUUCUUGAAUAUGUAAAACAAAUUAGGGAUAUGGGAAUGGAGGUGUGUUGCACUUUAGGCAUGCUAGAGAAGCAGCAGGCUCUUGAACUCAAGAAGGCUGGCCUUACAGCUUACAACCAUAAUCUUGAUACCUCAAGAGAAUAUUACCCAAACAUUAUUACAACCAGAACUUAUGAUGAGCGAUUGGAAACCCUUCAACAUGUCCGUGAAGCAGGAAUUAAUGUCUGUUCAGGUGGAAUUAUAGGGCUUGGAGAAGCAGAGGAGGACCGGGUUGGCUUGUUGCACACGCUGGCAACGCUUCCCUCUCACCCAGAGAGUGUUCCCAUUAAUGCCUUGGUUGCAGUGAAAGGCACGCCGCUUCAAGAUCAAAAGCCUGUUGAAAUAUGGGAGAUGAUACGAAUGAUUGCAACUGCUCGUAUAGCCAUGCCAAAAUCAAUGGUAAGGUUGUCAGCUGGCAGAGUUCGAUUCUCCAUGCCUGAGCAGGCAUUAUGUUUUCUUGCCGGAGCAAAUUCCAUCUUCACUGGUGAGAAGCUGUUGACAACUCCUAACAAUGAUUUUGAUGCUGAUCAACUUAUGUUCAAAAUCCUUGGGCUGAUUCCAAAAGCUCCAAGCUUUUCCGAGGAAGCAGCAAAGACUUCCGAAGCAGAAAACUGUGAGGAAGCUCUCUCAAGUUCGGGUUGAGGCUCUCCUGAUCCAUGGCAGUAUCUUUAAUAUAAUUCUAGCUGGUGAGUCACUUAGUUAUCAGAUGUAAGGGAUUCCUGCGCAAUAAAUGACCGUUAGUUCCUGGUCUUGACAGUCAAAGUCUGCCUUUUAAAAGAAUCAGUGACGCCUUUCUACUGGAUUAAUUUUCACAUCUUCA